AUGUCGGUUCCAACUCCAGAAAAACGUUUCCAACUAGAGAAGGAAGUUGUUGCAGCUAUUCCUGAUCUUCUGGUCAUCAAACCAAAGGUCUUCCCAGACGAGCGAGGAUUCUUUUCCGAGAGUUACAAUAAAACCGAGUGGGCCGAGAAAAUCGGAUACACCGAGGACUUGCAACAAGAUAACCACUCGUUCUCUCAUUAUGGCGUUCUCCGUGGCCUCCACACUCAACCACAUAUGGGAAAAUUGGUGACUGUGGUGAGUGGAGAAAUCUUCGAUGUUGCUGUUGACAUCCGCAAAGACAGUCCAACCUAUGGAAAGUGGCAUGGAGUAAUUCUGAAUGCUAACAACAAGCACGCCUUCUGGAUUCCAGCCGGAUUCCUUCAUGGAUUCCAAGUUCUCAGCAAGGAAGGAGCACACGUCACCUACAAGUGCUCUGCUGUUUAUGACCCAAAAACUGAAUACGGAAUCAACCCAUUCGACGAGGAUAUCAAUGUCGACUGGCCAAUCAAAGAUAAAUCUGUUGUGAUUGUUUCGGAACGCGACACCCAGCACGCAUCAUUCAAAUCUCUUUGA